CUCCAGCUCCAGCGACACAUAACAUGGGUGCAACCUAAUGAGCGACGGUAAUACUGGCUAGCUUCAGUAUCUUUUGGCGCCGCAUUACGGCUCUACUCAACUUUCAGCUCCCCUCACAGCGCAUACAUUGCGCCUACUGCGACUAUGGCUGAAUCACAACCUACGACCCUGUCAUCGAAGCCGCGCACCAGCAGCAUGUCGCAAGCUUCAGAAAGCUCUCAAACAGCAGCAGAAUUCAUCAAGGAGCAGCUCAGCCUCGAGGCAGAAGCACGCGAGGCUCUGCCAUAUCAAUUCGAUACAUGCACACGCGAUCUCGGCCCUCUUCGUCAAAGCCUUUACGCAUGUCUCACUUGUAACCCACCUCCCGCGUCGCCCGCCCAAGUGUACACCCCCGCAGCCGUUUGCUAUUCUUGCUCCAUCUCGUGCCAUGGCGAGCAUACUCUUGUCGAGCUCUUCAACAAGCGCAACUUCAUAUGCGACUGCGGAACGACUCGAACACCAGACACGAUACCCUGUACGCUCCGUAUCAACUCCACAACCGGCCAGAAGGGCGACGUGACUGGGGAAGAGCCGGCAGAGACCAACAAGUAUAACCAGAACUUUAAAAACAGGUUCUGUGGCUGCGGCGAAGACUAUGAUGCGAAUCAAGAGAAAGGAACAAUGUUCCAGUGUCUUGGGCUCGGGACUUAUGAAGAGGGCGGAUGUGGUGAGGAUUGGUGGCAUCCAGAAUGUCUGGUCGGCUACACACGAGAGGAGUACAGCAAGACGAUCGAGAAGCCCAAAGUUGAAGAAACGACUGGCGCGGCAGACAUCAUCAUGACCGAGAACCCUACGACAGAAGAGGUUUUGGCCAGCGAACGCACAGAGGAGACUACGCCGCUGAACUCUACAGUUAUAGCCACCUCGGUCGCCAAUGGCGACGGUAUCGAUGGGAAUGACGUUAUAGCAGACGUUGAAAACGAGGAGGUCGAGGACGAUGAUCUGCCGUUGCCUCCAGGCUUUCCUGCAGAGGAAGACUUCGAUCACUUCAUCUGCUACAAGUGCGUGCAGGCCAAUCCCUGGAUCAAGAAGUACGCAGGCUCGCCCGGUUUCCUCGCACCAGUGUAUUUCGACAAAACGCUCAACACCACUCAGACGACAGAGACUACUACGUCAACAUCAGAGCUCGUGAACAGUGAAUCCAAGAAGCGGAAAGCUUCCGAUGAAGAUGAAGACGUAUCCACCAAAGCGACUCUAACGGCUCCAGCUCCAGCUAAGCGCCAGAAAUCUGAAGACCCCAGCAGCGCGCUUUCCAGUAUCCCUGAAGAUACCAUGACGCUCCCGAUAACACCGAAAAAGCAAGAAGACCCAUCGGCCCCCAAACAUACAACUCUACCUGCACUACCUUCAGCUGCCGUGACAACACCCUUCUCCCUCUUCCUCAAGCCCGACUUCCGCGAUCAUCUCUGCCGCUGCCCAUCAUGCUUCCCCGAACUGAAAGCACAUCCCCAACUUCUGGAAGAAGAAGACACCUACGAGCCUCCGGUAUCCGAGUCCGGCGACGAAGGCGCACAAUCCGUGGGCACAGGCAGUAUCUUAGACCGUGGCGAAGCAGCGUUCAACAAUAUGGACAGGGUUCGCGCAAUUCAAGGUGCAAUGGCAUAUGCGCAUCUCAAGGAUAAGGUGGCGGCGUUCUUGAAGCCGUUUGCGGAGUCGGGUCAAGCUGUCGGAGCGGAAGAUGUUAAAGCUUACUUUGAGAAGCUGAGAGGUGACGAAAAGGGCAUUGAGGAGGCUGCCGGCGCGGCCAAAGGAAGUAAGGAGGAUGGGGAUGAUGGCGGCAGUGGUGGGGAUAGCAGGAGGGAGCAGAGUGGAUAUUGAGUGUCGCAACUAUUUAAUUGCUUACCGCUCUUCAGGCUCUGAUAAUUCGAUCUUACACACCUUUUGAGUACCGAGACAUGUGGCAGAUAGCUAGGUCGUGGCGUCUAGUAUGAGCAAUUCUAUACCUUGCGACGCAUAUAUUGCAUCACGUUC